GUCAUUGAUUCCACAGUGCCGAGCUCUUUCGCUCUCUAGGGUUUGCUAUUUAUACGCACUUUCUCUUUCUAAGAAAUGAGCGUGAGAAGGAUUAUGUUGGUGAAUUAGGCUGGAGGUUGUGAACCUUGGUGUGGAGGUUGUGAACCUUGGUGUUGGUAGGUCGAUCGAUCUAUUGAUCGGAUCGCUUUUCGAGUAAUUUUGAGGAGGUCAAUCGAUUGGAUCGGAGGGUAGAUUAAAUCUGAUACUAGUUCAAGAAUCAUGUUUUUGGUCGAUUGGUUCUAUGGAGUUCUGGCAUCUCUGGGGCUGUGGCAGAAGGAGGCUAAGAUUUUGUUCUUGGGCCUCGAUAAUGCCGGCAAAACCACGUUGCUUCAUAUGUUGAAAGACGAGAGAUUGGUUCAACACCAGCCAACUCAGUACCCAACAUCUGAGGAGUUGAGUAUUGGAAAAAUCAAGUUUAAGGCUUUUGAUUUGGGAGGACAUCAGAUUGCCCGUAGAGUUUGGAAAGAUUACUAUGCCAAGGUGGAUGCAGUUGUUUACCUGGUGGAUGCUUACGACAAGGAAAGGUUUGCAGAGUCAAAAAAAGAGCUGGAUGCUCUCCUCUCUGAUGAGUCCUUAGCAAAUGUUCCUUUUCUGAUUUUGGGCAACAAGAUUGACAUCCCUUAUGCUGCUUCGGAAGAUGAGUUGCGCUACCACAUGGGCCUGACUGGCAUCACCACCGGCAAGGGGAAGGUAAAUCUGGCAGACUCAAGUGUCCGUCCACUUGAGGUGUUCAUGUGCAGCAUUGUCCGCAAAAUGGGUUAUGGAGACGGCUUCAAGUGGGUCUCUCAAUACAUCAAGUAGUGACGGCGUGCAAUAGGAAGGAAGAUUUGGUUGCCUGUUUUAAAUGUUAUUUGCCUAAUGGACUUGAGUUGGACGUGUUAUUUUUCUGAAAACACUGCUGGAUAUAAUUCCGUGUUAGCCUUUUUGGUGAAAUGACACAUUUCAUCUUAUAUUCAUAAUGUACUGCCUUAAGUAACUACCAAAACUUUUUUGUUGCCAUUUUUAGUAUAUCAUAGGUACUUGAAUUUCUAGUUUGAAGAAAAUUUUUGGAGUGCCCUUCCUGUCUAUGCAAGCCUCGCUU